CUUACAGUGGAGGAGGAAACAUCACAUUUAAAGGAAACCUUGAAGACAAUGCUGAUUUCACUGCAAGGCUCUAUCAAGGAGAUCUUCUUUUGGGGGACUUGCCUCUUCACUUUGUAUAUUCAGUGAAAUCGGAGAAUAAUUCUCGACUAGGCCUUUUUCUUAAUUUCGUUUCUACUCUAAACAAAAAAAAGUCAGUACUUCUUGUAUCCUGGAAUUCGAACCUCUCAAGCAAAUUUAGUACAGUGAUUAGGACACGUCAACUUGAAAGACCAGGAACUGCCCCUGGAUGGGUUAUAGAGGAGAGUAGCAUCAGAAUGAAGGGAUGCAGACUAACUGAAAUACAUGCGGUGUGCUACAGGUCAAAGCCUGAGUUUGAUGAAAAGAUACCGAAAUCCAAAACUAGCCAAGAUAAUUCUUCUGCUCAUAAUUCAACGGAGUACUAUACAGUGCUUGGUCAUAUUUCAGUGAAAUCUUGUGGACAAAAUUCAGAUUUUCCACCUUCCGAUUCGUGGCUUGUCCAAGGUCAAUUCAUCCAAUGGACUACAGGAUCUGAGGAUUCCAAGUACCUUAGUCUUAAGAUCGCUUGGAAAUUGAAAGAUGGGAAUGAUUCUGCAUACUCAACCUAUAACAUUUAUGUUGAGAAACUAGCAGAAGGAAAACCAAGAGGACACUCCUAUCUUGGAGUGGCUAGAGUGGAAGCUUUUUAUGUUUAUGACCUGGCAGUUCCUUCUGACACUUCUACCAUCAAGUUCAUUAUUCAAGUGUGUGACCUGGAGAAAGAUAUUAAGGUUGAGGUUACUGACCAUAUUAUGCUCGAGUCAUUCAUACUUGAUGAGGCAAGGUGA